CGAAAGAGAGCAUUCACAAGAUCUUCUCUUGUCAAGUUCUUCACCUGUCUACCUUUGACCUUUGGACCGGCAGCUGAACAAACGUCUCGUUCCACUAGGCUACUAUUUAACUAUUGGAUUUUUAAGUCUUAGUUUCUUACUCAGAUCAAGAUUCUAGCUUUUUAUCCGUUGCAGAAGAGAAAAGAAAAUUUUAACCAUGAUCAAGAGGGUGAUUUUAGCAGCACUGUUGCUGUUUAUGAUAAUUCUGGUGGUGAGGACUGUGUACCUGUCACGCAGAAGUGUUCCGGCCAAAGAAUGUAAGGCGUCGGACACAGACUUCAUUCCUCUGUCGCAGCCAAGGUUACAGCGAUUUCAACAGGCCUUACGCUUCAGGUCAAUUAGUGAGGAAAGAGGGGUCUUCAACGCAGAUCAACUGCAGAAGUUGGGAGAUUUCUUGAUUGCAAGCUUUCCGCUCGUUCAUGCUCAGUCUGAAUGGGAGAGAGUCAACAACUACAGCUUUCUGUAUCACAUCAAAGGCAGCAAUCCAUCUCUGAAGCCGUACUUGCUGAUGAGUCACCUGGAUGUUGUACCAGUGACAAAUCUUGAUAAGUGGGAUGCACCCCCUUUUUCUGGUGACGUCCAUGACAACUUCAUAUACGGGAGGGGUGCUAUUGAUGUGAAACAAUGCGUCAUGGGUAUCUUGGAGGCAACUGAGUAUGUGCUGGCCAGCGGUGUGCGCCCUGUGAGGUCGUUCUACAUCGCUUUUGGUCAUGAUGAAGAGAUACAUGGUCAUGAGGGUGCUAAUCGCUUGGCACAGCGACUCCGAGAGAAAGGAGUCACGGAACUGGAGUUUGUCUCUGAUGAGGGCCUACCUGUCUCAGAAGGCAUCAUAGCUGGCAUCACUGGGCCCGUUGCAAGUGUGGGUGUAUCAGAGAAGGGCUUCGUAAUGCUCAAGCUGUCAGUGGAUGCUCCCCCUGGCCAUUCCUCCAUGCCCCCACGAGAGUCUACCAUUGGCAUUCUGGCUAGAGCCGUGCACAAGCUUGAGUCUAAUCCUCACCCCAGUGUCCUUGGACAAGGCAUUGAAACAGACAUGUUUCAGGCCCUGGUACCUCAGAUGAGCAUUCCUCACAGAGUGAUCCUGUCUAACAUCUGGAUAUUUGAGCCUGUUCUGUCCUGGUUCCUGUCUCUGAACCCCACAACAGCGGCCAUGAUACGUACAGUCACUUCUGUGACAAUAUUCAAGGCAGGUGUGAAGAACAAUGUGAUCCCACCCCAUGCUGAGGCCAUAGUAAACCACAGAAUUCACCCUUCUCAGACUGUGAAAGAGGUCAUUGAGUAUGACCGUGCUUUAAUUGCUGAUGACAGAGUCAAGAUUGAAGUGGACUCCAUGAUGGAAGCACACCCUGCGGCAGGCUAUGGAGAGGAAGACUUUGGUUACCAGGUUUUAAAGACAACAGUAGGCCAGAUAUGGCCCAAAGCAAUAGUUGUUCCAGGAAUCAUGAUCGGCAACACAGACACGAAAUACUACCUCCCAUUCACACACAACGUUUAUCGCUUUUCACCAACCCACAUGUUCCCGGGAGAUCCUGAACGUUUCCAUGGCAUCAACGAACGCAUUUCUGUAAAGAACUACGAGCAGGUGAUCAACUUUUACUACCACCUCAUCCGCAACUCAGACCAAGCAGGUGUCUCGCCAACGCACCCACCACACCAUGAGUUUUGAAGAGUCACUCUUUGGCUUGCUUCAAACUUUGAACGACCGUUUUUAUUUCCCAUAAAAGACAGCACAGACUUUGAAUGAUUAACCAUCCGUCCCAUUACCUCAGUUGAGCCUGAGCUAUUUAUCACCCAGCAACUGUUGCAGCCUAACAGUUUUGGGGUAUAUUGAAUCGUUGAUCACAAAAAGACUGAAAGUAUCAUAUUUUUUUCUAAUGCAGCAAAAAAAAAAAGAAAGAAAUGCUCUCACAGAAAGAGUGAACCUCAUCUAGUUUGUACCAAAUUUUUUUCUUUUAUCAAUGUUUGGAAAUGGCAAUGUCUGAGGCUUACACAAUUUUUUUUUGCACCAAAUUUAUAAUAAAGUUAUCCAUAAAAAUAACUGUACAGCAUGGAAUAAGCAACGCCCAGAGUUCAUAUUACUUCUUCUAUAUGUUACAGAACAUUUUCUGUAUGACUCAGAAACAGCAUAAUAGCAGUUAAUUCUAACUUAUGUAUUUUGAGUUUGGUGUGGAAGCAUGAAAUCGAGUUCCUGUAGGAGUCCAGUACAUGAUGCAUUUCAUUAAUGGUGCGACAGUAUCCUGUUGCUAGAGUUCUGUUUGAAAUCUACACUGAGAUACUACUAUCAUUUUCUCACCUUGUGUAUUGUUACACUUGCAACUAAUAGAUUUAGUGAUACUUUUCCCAUAACUAGAACUACUAGAUUUGUAUCACUUGGACUAGACUUGUUAGAAGAAGAAAGCUAUUCUGAUUACUACUUUCACUUCCACCCAACUCCGACUCCAACUCUUCAUCGGCUGAGCUACAGCCUUAUCCAUCGAUCUAGCUGCUUCUAGUAACUUUUGUUGGACAUUGUGGGAGCUUUAGCCUUCUAUUUCACUUUCAGACCCUUUUACAUUACAUGGGAUGUCCCUCCUACAGGCCACACGACUUGCUGCAGACAGACACCUGUGUCUCCCCGCGACACCCCAGGGUACAAGCGGAAGAAAAAAGUAAAAGUAAAGUUACAUUUCAAACAUGUUUCAUUAUAAAAAUUACCGCGGCUUUGUUUCCGUUUACAGAGCUUCAGUCACAAUGCAGGAUUGACUGACUUAGUCCGUUACAACUCAGAAGUAUUGCACACAACUUCACCAAAUUUUUUACGAAACGGAACAAGUGGGUCAACUGUUAGCUUAUUGCUUCUCAUAACUUGUAACCGAAAAACAACAGAGAUAUAAAUUGAUAAAACACAUCCCGUAAAUACAUGAUAUUCAGCCACCAGGCCGGUGGCACAUCUCGUAAAUACACUGGAAUAUGCUCAAGUGAGUUAAAGGCACCACAGUUUUGAAUAGCAGCUUACCCCUCAAUUGCUUGGUUUGACAGCAAUCAGCUGCAAUUUCAAACUAGCUACAUGAACUACCCUAACGACCUUAAUUUUUCAGAUGUUAUCCUUACAACGGGAACUAAAAUAUGAACAGGGGCUGUGUGCUAAAUGUCUGUGCAACCCCUACAACAUAUUCGUACACAAAGCACCGAAUGUUUAACUCUGUAAUUUUCCAAUCCCUACUAGCUUUAUCAAGCAAGCUGUCAAAUCCUUGUCUAAUUUUGAACCUACCAUAAUGUUGAACUGCAACCUACCGUUUUGAUGAUCAGCCCACCGAACCUGUCACAAAUUUCAACAGUAUAACUUCCAGUUUUCCUCAAACUUAAAACAGCUACCCACCUAAGCCCCCUCAAAUUGUGAACAGCAGCUCCCCAUCAAUUUUGACAACUACCCUCUGUGAGUUUUGAACAGCUACUUGUCUUUCAACCUAACCCACUGUCAGUUUUGAACCAUUACAAAUCCACUCAAUCCACCACACGAGUUUUUGUGCAGCUGCCCAUAUCCUACUACUGAUGACCGUUGAUUUUUUCAUAUUGUUUUUAUCUGACAUGAUUUGUUCUCUUCUUGGCAGCAAACCACAUUUCAUAUAUAAUCAAUGCUUCAAUUGAAUUCUAAUAUUGUCCUAAAGACUAAAGCCUUUCGACUAGUGGCUCCUUCUGCAUAUUGACAUGAUUAUUCUUGCCCUCUUUUUUGACCAUGAUAGUAAUACAAUAGCAGUACUAGUGAAACUUUUUCCUGUAUCAAAACUGAAGUUUGCAUGGUCUACAGUACUAUUGUUUUUGGUGUAAGCUGGCCUUUGUACUAGUUGGUUGUUACGUUGAUUAGAUCUGGAAGUUGGAGGCAGAGUGAAAGUGAGGUCCACAUUAAAAAAAUUUUGUUCUCAGGUAUUUCCUCUCCUUAGCUGGGCAGAUUUGUAACGGACUCAGUGCCACACCUUCAAAAAUUACCUGUUUUGUGGUUUCAGUUAUGUCAUUUUGACUGAAGUUUUUAUUGAGUAGACUUUUUGUGACAGAAUAUUAGUUCAUAUUUUGUAUAAGAGUUAUGUCAAACUUUAAACAGAAUACAUUCUUCUGAAGAUUUUUUAUUCUCCUUUUGACAGUAAAGAUUUUGUGUCUGACCUUUUUCAGACUUUGAUUGUGAAUGUUUUAUAACUAGAACACAUCUGCCUGUGAUUGACGAAUAUUUUGCGAAAGCACUUUGUGGCAUUCUGGAUAAUAGGCAUUUUAUUCUGUUUGAUUUCGCCAUGGCUGAAACUAAAUAUUUUGUCUGUCAGUUUGUCUAGUCAGUGAAGAAUUGAGCAAAAAUUUUGUCAAACUGAAUAGUCAAUACUUUUUGUAUAAAAAUAUAUCAUUCUGUGAAGAGUAAACAUUUUAUUUAACUCAUUCGCUACGUAUUAUUUUCGGCUUGUGGAUGAAUUUUUUUUCGGGAGGGAAAAUGAGAUGAUGACUAGUGGGCAGUUAAAAGGUCCUUGGGGCCACAAAUUCAAAUAAAUAUCAACAUAUUAUAUACCAAUAUUUCCAGUAUGGUUUGUAGAAUACAUCUGUAAUGUUUAUUUAUGUAUUUUUCAACUUUGGUUCCUGUAAGAGGCGAUUAUGCAAUGCAAUUUUAAUUUGAUGCGGAUAAAAUUAGAAAA